GCGUCGGACAUAAGGUAUCAAGGACUGACGUGACUAAGGUCUGAAGGUUACGCCUCGGUUUGCGUGUAAACUAGCAUGCAAGUAAAGUAGUUUGUUGAAUUUCCCUGGAUGCCCUCUCUGAGAAACCAAGUGGUGUCUCCUCAGUGGUCUUUGUGAAGAUGGCAGCUGCCUACUAUGAAAUGCUUGUCUCCUAUGGAGAUGCUUACAGUACUAUUCCCAUGUUUCCUGUCUUUGAGGUGGCGCAUUACAUCCUCAUGAUUCAAGCUGUAAGACAAGACUUGAGAGAAGACACAAAACAUCUUGCCCAGACAAACCCCUUGGUAUGCUGGUUUUGCAGCAUGCUUAGUAGCUUUGCAGGGGGAAUCUUGACCAAUUUCCUCCUGGGUCAGCCAAUACUGGCGGCAUUCAACAACCAUAUAAACAUUGGACUGGCAACUAUCGUGUGGUAUCUAAUCUUCUACUGCCCUGGGGAUUUUUUCUUCAAGCUAGUCUCCUCAUUUCCAGUCCAGCUGCUCUUGAUUCCUUUCAAGGAGAUUAUCAGGAUGAAUAAGAUUGCUGGAGGAAUAACACAGGCAGCAGCUGUAUAUCCCAAUGGGUUCUUAGUCAUGCUGAUCAUUGGCACUGUCAAAGGAACUGGCAGUAUGCAGAUGAGGAACAUUGAAAGAUUGUUACGUGCCACCAGCGGACCGUCCUCCAAUCAGUUUACUAAUCCAUCAUUCACAAUGAAGGGGUCCAUCAUUAUCAGCCUUUUGAUUGUUCUCCAGCGCUAUGUGAUCCUCCCAGUUCCCAUCUCUCUCCUGUUGCUAUUCAGCAUGCUGGCCAUGACAACAGCCAAAGUCUUCAUACUGUAUGGCUCUAGGGAUCCCUUUGAGCCACUAGAGGGCGUGCUUCGGCCAGUUGUCUUUGGGAAGCAGCCGCAGGAUACAACCAGCAAGAAAGUCAAAGAUAAUAAAGACAAGAAGAACAAGAAGGAGUGAAAGAAGCAUACAAGAGGUUUCAAAGAUACAGCAUAUAAAAGAGUGGCUCUCAAUCUGAAGUAAUUUAUGUCUUUUUUUGUCUGCAAAUGAGUAUGUUUAUCUUCAUACUUCACAUCGGUCAAUGAAAUCCACAGUUAUUCAACUAGAUCUCAUAACAAUAUGUUUGUUCCCUUCACUC